AUGGCAACCACUCCCCCCCCUCGAGGAAGACUACGUACUCCUCCUGCUCCCACCCAUGAAUGCGGAUAUAAUGGGUAUUCCCCCUACUCUGGCUCACCACGACGAUCAAAGCGCCUAGCAACCCGCAAUGAUAUCCUUCAUGUGCGAAAUCAAGAUGGGGAGUCUCAUGUUUCUAGUGAUAGACUUCAUUCUGAUUCCGACGGAAACUCCCAUUAUCUCUGUCAUGACUCUGACGCCGCUUUAUCCGCCCCCAACUCAACCAAACAGUCGCCUUCAUCCAAUUCUGAUAUACAACACAACUCUCUCUUACCUUACACUAAAAGCAGCGCUAGUCGCGUGACAAAGAAAACACUCCCCUCGCUUCCAUCCUCACACAAAUCUUCAGAUAAUACACUCCAGCAGACCACCAUGGCUGUAGGGAUGCUUCCAACUCCUGCCAAAACUCCUCGAAAGAAAAACAUUCCGGAUUCUGGAGCUAUUGCACGAGACUUAUUCACAAAUCGUGCUCGAGCCAUGGACUUAGAGCGACGUUCCCAGAGGCGCCCUAGAGGCAAAAAGUACAGUGGAUUUUCAUUGGAGAGUUUUCAUUCCAACCCGGAAGAGAAUAACGGUUCUGUGGAAAUCUAUACGGACGUCAGAGACCGUAUUCCAACUCUGAAUUCCUCAGAGGAUAAUCCCUUUAUUAGCCGUCCAGAAGAAGCUAAAACUCCGAAAGUCGAGGAAUCUGAUGGCAAAGCGAAGAGAAGAAAGGUCAACGAGGAUGACAUUGAUCGCGAUCCCGCAGUGGAUGAAAUGGUAAACCGUGAUGACGGCGUGCUCUGCGUUUUCCGAGGAAAGAAGAUCUUUCGCAAAUUCAAGCCUAAAGAUAUUGACGAGUCUGAUGGUGACAACGAUCCUGGCCUUUUAGGCUCCAUGGAUGAUAUUCCUUCUAGCCGAACCCGCCAUUUUACUCGGUCAUCUAUCAAACCACGAGUUUUGUUCCCAACCGCGGAUCAGCUACGCACUCGUGCAGCGAAAGCAAAAGCUGCCAAGGUGAGCGAACACGCGACAAACGGAAAAGAAGAAAAAAUGGAAGAACAAUUAAAUGCAUCGAGCCAAAGCGAGGCAACUGACGCGAAUAAUGAUCCUGUUACUCCCCCGUCUAAGAUGACGCGUCUUGCCACGCCUUCAACUCCUCUCGCUUCGGGCCGUUCCCUUCGCUCUCAUACCAAGAAGUCCGAAUCUGAGAUUACUCCAGAUACUUCUAGCAGUCCGACUGGAAAUCGGUUUAGCCCUUUUGAUCGUUGGACACGUAUCAAAGCUCGGUCUUCUCCAUCCGGUAAAGGAAAGAAGCGAAGCUCCAGCUCUCUCGGACACGAUACUCCCCACCAAUCCAAGAAAGUUCAUCAGUCUAAGUGAGAACAAAUUUACAACAUUUACCAUAGGUCACAAAAACGUGGCGCAACUUCUUUGGAGUGGGAAUAUUCCAUCCUUCUUGAUUCUUUUCUCUCGAGUUCCUUCUGAAAACCAGAUUCGAUGAUCUUUCAAUGUUUUAUUUCUCCUCUUUGUUUUCCAUGAUACGAUGACGAUGACCUGUGCUUUUUCCUUUACUCUCUUCCAUUUUCUUUUAAGGACCUUUGUCAUUUUCUGAUGUUUCCUGGUCCUUGGCAUUUAAUUCCCCCCCCCCCCCCCCCCCUCUUAAAAAAAAAAAAAAAGGAAAAAAAAGGAAAAAAGAAAAGAAAAGGAAAAAGGGUGCAUACAGUGAUCAUGAUGUUAUUUCCUGUGCUCUUUUUGAGAUGGACCUUUGUGGUUGGGGUUUACAAGGGUAUGUAUUCCUGCUGAUGAUCACAGGCUGGCUCUUCUUUUCUUUUCAUACCUAGUUUCAAUCAAUGAUCCAUCGGUGGUUCUGGAACAACAGGCGGGUUGGGUGGACUUUGGUCGGUGGUUUUUUUUUUCUUUAUUAAACCCAUCUGUAUGUGUCUUUUGUCUUUUCUGGUGCAGUGCGGUUUGAAUUUACAAUCCUGGGUUAGCUAGGAUAAGAGAUACUAGGUCUAGGUCAGGUAAUAAGGCUUCAUUAACUACUCA